GCAUAAUUGCGGCGGCCGGCGAUGAAAAACCAGGACAGAGUCAAGCGCAAAAGCGUGAACUCUCAAGCGUAAGCAAGGACUUUUGUGGCAUUUUCAAAUUGUCAAAACUAUAAAGAAAAGUUUACCCUUCAAAGUGUAGCAUUACACCACUUCUCUGCUUGACCAAGAAAACAGACCCAGUCUUUCAUAAAUUAAAAAUUCAGUGCUUACAAAUCAUCUCUUUUCUUGAGAAACAAGUAAAAUCAUGAUCAGAUUUCCGAAUCGAGAAACGCCAGAAUUUUGUUCCUGCAAAUGAAGAACCAAGACUUCUUUAGCCCUCAAUUCCAGUCUCAGAGAUCGAAGAACUCCAAAUCCAGAAACGAACGCCGUUCCGGUGUUAUAAACAAGCGGAAGAAUCAUGAAUCUGUAUUUCCGUUUAAGUAUGUGAAAGCUGGUGUCAAUCGAGUUUCUGGAUUCUUUAAAUCUAUUUUCAUCAGUCGGAAGCAGAACGCUUCGGAUCGUACUGUGAUUGGCGCUAGAGAAGAUAAUAAUUCUCGCAGAGAAUUCUCCUCCUAUUCGUCGGGAAGCUUCGGGAGGAACUCGUCGCCUUUGAAGUCUUAUGGAUCGUAUGCUUCGUACGGUUCGUCGUCUACCUUUCCCAGCGAUUUUUUCGCAUCUGCAGGAUUCUCGAUUGACGUAAUUUACAAGGCGACGGAUAAUUUCUCUGCUGCGAAUGUAGUUGGAGCUGGAGCAUUUGGAACGGUGUAUAAAGGGAAGCUCAAAGACGGAUCUCUUGUUGCCGUAAAGCGAGCCAGAAGGAAUGCGCACGAGAAGCGUUUGCUGGCAGAGUUCAGGAAUGAGAUACAAACUUUGUCAAGGAUCGAACAUUUGAAUUUGGUUCGUUUGUAUGGCUAUCUGGAGCAAGGAGAUGAGAGGAUUAUUAUUUUUGAAUUUGUUGGUAAUGGAAAUCUGCGGGAGCAUCUCGAUGGCAAGCGAGGAGUCGUGCUCGAGAUUGCAGAGCGUCUGGACAUUGCCAUUGAUGUUGCUCAUGCUAUCACCUAUCUUCACAUGUACAACGAUGCGCCAAUAAUCCAUAGAGAUAUAAAGGCUACAAACAUCCUAAUCACCGAGAAACUACGAGCAAAAGUGGCCGAUUUCGGGUUUGCACGCCUUGUUGCAGAAGAUUCUAAUGCUACGCAUGUCUCGACCCAAGUUAAAGGAACAGCUGGAUACUUGGAUCCUGCAUAUUUAAGGACUUAUCAGCUCACUGAGAAGAGUGAUGUAUACUCCUUCGGUGUGUUGCUGGUAGAGCUCAUGACAGGAAGACGCCCAAUUGAAUCAAAAAGGGAUGUCAAACAAAGAGUAACCAUAAGAUGGGCAAUGCAGAAGCUGAAUGAAGGAGAAGCUGUGGUUGCCAUGGAUCCCAGGCUGAGAAGGACUUCUGCAUCCACACGGACCACAGAGAAUAUGCUCAAAUUGGCUCGCCGAUGCCUCGAUCCAUCGAGACCGUCACGACCAUCCAUGAAAACUAUUGGAGAGGAGUUAUGGGGAAUCCGAAAGGAAUAUCGAGAUAGGUUACUAUCGUCUUCUUGCUCGGAGUCUGUUCGUUCAGCAGAAUUUCCCGUUCGAAAUGCAAGAGAUAACCUUUAUGUUUCUUUAGGCAUUAAAGAUGACAAAGAUUUGUACAGCAAAUUUGUUUCUGCAUAAGUUACCAAUACUACUUAGACUCGUCUUUAAGGAUUAUGGUCCAUAGGUCAAGAAGUCUUGAUACGAUAAUUAUGCAUUCAUUAGUUGAAUUA